AUGGCUUUACUAUCACUGAUCUUCGUGCUCGUGCAAAGCCUGAUCCAGUACCCCCAGCCGGCUGGAGAUGGGCUGGAUGAGGCUACGCACCAGCGCAUGCAGGAGCGUCAGGAGCUGCUGGACCAGGAGAUGGCUCGGCUGCUGCGGGAGCUGGAGCAGGGGCCCCUGGACGAGGGCUGGGCAGCCGUGCUCUUUGGUGCCCUGCAGCAGUGGCCAUUCUGGGCUCUUGCUGGAGUCCUGCUCCUCUUGGGCCUGUGCUUUAGCUGCAGGAGAAGGAGCCGUCAGGCCAGCAGCAGCGGCAAGGACCAGAGCUCCUGCAACAACUUUGGACACAACGAGAGUGGAACACAACAGGAAGAAGAGAGUCCUUAUUCAGAGGAAGGAAAUGCUGGGAAUGAGGGAGCCAUCCUUUUUGUGGAUCACAUAGAGUGGCCUGUGGAGGAGCUGGAGCAAGGUUGCUCAGUGACAGCUGAGCUGAUGGAGAGUUUCACGCGUGUCUUUGUGGACAGCGUGAGCAAUAGCUUCUACCCAGUGCCUCAAGAAGCCAUUGGAGUGGGCAGUGCCUUUGAGGGUUGGAGUCCCCGCGAGUGGGAUGGCGUGUACCGUGUGCUGGUCCCGCUGAAUCCCCCGCCAGGCCAUGCCUUCCACCUAGAACUGAACAGUGCAGGGCAGAUGGCAGCAAGGACCUUCAGCGUCCGCGUGGAGCUGGUGUGCACAUGCCAGAGGGAGCAGCUGGGCGAGAAGCUGUUGUGCUUCCUGCACCACUCGCAGGAGGAGCUGUGGCGGAAGCAGAAGCGCAGCCUCCUAGAGACACUCUGCACCGGCUCCUACCUGGACGUGGAGAAGACCUCCCACUGGUUCCACCAGCUGGUGAGAUGCUCCUGGCUGCACGUGCCUCAGUCCUACUCAUGGCACUUGGUGUUUCAGCCCUGCAGCCGGUCCUGCCAAUUCCAGCUUACCAAAGGCAAGAAGAGCCUGAUGGUGGAGAUGCUCUUUGGAGUGCGCCAAGGGGACUCCGACAUCUUUGUCAUCAGCCAGCCCACAGAGGCUCAGAGAGGUGGCUCCAUCAACUUUAUGAACAGUCAGCCUGCCGAGGCCAAGCUCAUCACAAGCACAGCGUGGCCUGAGACGUACGCUGUGGCAGAGGCGAAAUUCUUCCAGCACAUCGCCAGGCAGCUGCCCUGUCACAGCUUGCACCUGAAAUGCCUGCAGGUCUUCACCUUCAUCCUGAGGGGUACAGGGUUUUCCUGCUCUACCUGGAAGACUGUGGUCAUGCACGUGCUGACCACAGUACCGCUGUCCCAGUGGCGCAGGAGGGAAUUUGAACGGCGGCUGUGGGACGUCAUGGCCUACCUGCACCGCUGCCUGCAGUUGAAACGCCUGGAGCACUUUGUGCAAGGCAGUGAGAGGCUUCCCGCAGAGAUCAGCGUGUCGCCAGCAACGCGAAGGGUUGAGCCGCUCAACCUCUUCGAGCACCUGGCCCGAGAUCCAGCCACCCACAGGGAGCUGAUGCAAACAUAUGGCCAGCUGCGAUUUCGCCUCUGGACGAUGCUCUCCAGCCACUGAGAGGAGUUCCCUGCACAGAGCUGUGCUGGGGAU